AUGGCCGCCACUGUGAUGGAGAGCAACCUGACUCUCACCCUCGAAGCUCUGGCGCCCACAGGGGCAGUAUUCACCACAGAGCAGGUCUCGGCGUUCCAGUACUCGCUGCCCCUCAAGAAGAUCGAGGCAGGCCUCUCGACGCUGCAGCUAUGGGGGAAGAUACUGGCGGAGAACGGGAAGGAUUACCUGCUCGCUCAAGGCAGCUCGAAAGCGCCGUUCCGCAUGAAGAACGAAUUCCAGUUUGACACAAAGUACUACUACAGCCAGGACGGUGUCAAGUGGCUCGACCUCCAGCCAGUCUCGCCUGAGACCUCGGAGCGCUGCGCGAGGAUUAACACCGGUUUCACGGGCGAUGCUGCACACAUCUACGAGGUACCGGAGCCCGUAGUACCCACCGAGGCGGUCCCGCCUCCCCCGAGAGAAGCCGAGGGAGAAGCCGAGGCCGAAGAAGAUGCUGAAGCGGAGCAGCCGGAAGCCGCCGAAGAACCGGAGCCCGCCCCUGUGAAGACGCAUCCCGUGCGAGAGAUCGAGCGGCUCGCGGCCGCGAUGCGCGCCGUCGACGCCGACACCGCGGUCGCGCCCGCGGGCGCCAUCGUCCUGGACGCGCGCAGCGAGCUCGUGUACAACAAGCUGUUUGCAGGCGUCUCGUAUCCCUCCAGCCUGGACUCCUACAUCCACAUUCUGCAAGGGCCGAACGGCGCUUCCCUCUCCAAAGACAUCCAGGGUCUGUGGAGUCUGCAGUACGACGAGUUCCUGUGCACGGCGACCGUCCGCAGCCUGUUGUGGCCCGGCUAUUCGCUGUACUACAGUGCGUCCGACAGAACCUGGGGGUCGCUCUACGUCGGCAGCGGGCUCAAGAACGAGGACGUGGCGUUCAUGAUAUGAUUGGAUAAGCAUGGAAACAAAUACCGAGUUUCAGAUCGACCUUCUCAGGCGUGGUAUAUGGUCUGUUACGGAUCGGAAUUGCGAACGUUUGUUGCGAUGAGCAAGAUACGUACGCUCGACUACAAAGGACACAACACCUAUUACUUCUUCAGUUCCCGCUCAGUCUCUAACUGACGUUCUGCUGGCCGGUCGGCACCGUUGCAUCAGC